AUGUCCGACUUUGACUCUUCUGAACUGGACUUCUCUCCAGUGAAACCGACCGCGCACCAUGAGCGACCCAAGACUCCCAAGACCCCCAAGACACCGACCGGCCCACCGCCGCGGACCGACCCUCUGGCCACUUCAUCAGAUCCAGCGACACGGGAAGAAGCCCUCGAGCGCGAGCUCCAUGGCGUAAGGAACAUCAAUGAGCUUCUCGAAGGCGUAAUCGGGACUCUCGAGCGCGCCAAGGGCAACAUGGGCACCGUAUCGCAGACUGUAAAUACAGCCUCGACUUUGCUAAACACUUGGACGCGGAUCUUGAGCCAGACCGAGCACAACCAGCGACUGAUUCUGAACCCCAAUUGGCAGGGUGCCAGCGAGGAUCUGAGGGAGAUUGAGAAUGAGGAACGCUUGAAGCAGGCUGCUCUCGAGAGACGUGCGCUCGAAGAGGAACGACGAAAAGCCGAGGCAGAGCGCAAACGCGCAGAAGAAGAGCGGAGAAGGGAGGCUGCUGCAGCUGUCGGGCCGGGCGCCAGAGGCACCGCUCGUACAAGAAGUACAAGAGGUGUAAGAGGAACUAGAGCGUCAACAGCGAGAGCGCCGACGACAAGAGCAGCAGCUGCUCGAGCGUCCGCUACGACUACAAGAGGGAGUGGCGUCACCGGCGUGAGAGGCACUAGAGGCGGCGUCAGCGCGUACGGUACCAGAAGAUUAGAAGCCACAGAGGAGAGCUCGACCAGUUUUGCAAGUGCUAGAAGCGCGAGUGGUAUUGGUCGAGGCCUAGGCAGCACGAGGAGCAGAGCAAGAGGCACGAGGUGA